AUGUUAGUGUCACAGCUCUUUCUCCUGUCAUUACUACCAUUUAUUAGCAGCCAAUGCACAAACUACUGUCCUAAUAUUCGAAGUGAAGUACCCGCGGCACUCCGACAAUCAGCCAAAUUAGUGAUAUAUACAGUAAAAACUUCUAGUCCACCGAUUAGUUUUUCGAACAAUUCCGGUUUUGCUAUCGAUUUAGUAAACAAAAUUGGUGAAAUUCUCGAUUUAAAAAUAAACUUCGUUACUAUAUCAUCCCCUUUGAUAAUUCCGACUCUUAAACAAGAAAAGUUUAGUGCAAGUGUAUCAUUCGUAUUUGAUACACCAGCAGCUGAAAAGCAAGUUAGCUUUGUCGGAUAUCUAAAAGGUGGUACAAGUUUUUAUGUCCGUGCAAACAGUAAUAUAACAAUUAACAAGCUAACUGACUUAUGUGGACUCGCUGUUGCCGUUACUACUGGUUUUGCAGAUUUGGUUGAAAGUGUGUACCAAUCAUGUCCGACGAGUAAGCCGAUUAAAAUUAUCGGUGUAUAUAAUAGAGACCAAACGUUUCAAGCUGUCCUGGACGAUCAAGCGGAUAUCAGCUAUACCAAUGAACUGACAGCUGCUUACACAAUUCGAAAUCUGUAUUCAAAAACUUUAAAAAUUCUACCAUUUCGCUCGCAAAUACUUCCCAUCGGUAUUCUCUGCCAGACCGGAAGCAAACUAUGUUGUCUUCUUACUAGAGCCAUAAACACACUCAUAUUUAAUGGUCAAUAUGAUAUACUCAUUCAAAAGUAUAAUUUAGAACAGAACAAACUUUGUGUAUCGUUGUUAAAUAGAAACAACUUUUGUCCUUGUGACUAUCCUUAGACAGGAUUUGCAUGAUAAGUUAUUUUCGAACAUUGUAAACGCCUUGCAUUAUUAAACUAAGUUAUAUAAUCAUCUCAUAGCAAUAGUCUAGUGCUGAAAUGUUUUCAAAGGAGGUUUGUUCCGGUAACCAUUUUAUGCCGCAAAAAGUGCUGUACAUUCAACUGGUAUCAAUGCAAGUCGAACCAGAUUUGGCCGGAGAUUGGAAGAGGAUAAAACUAUGAGCUUAUCUGGCAACGUCCUCAAAAAACACUGACCAGAUACGUCACCAUCAUGUUGUCUCAGAAGAUCGAUCUACUCAUAAUUCGAUGUACCCCGGCUUUUACUGCAUAAUCACAAAAAACGCAGAUCUCUAACACUCUCCAGUCAGAAGUUAUUCAAAUAGAUCAGACAGUUAUUCAGAUAGAACUAAUACCUGCUCAGCAGGUUUUUCCAGCUCUUUUCUUUUUUUAUCAUCAUUGAUUAUAAUUUCCUCUUUUGUCCUCUUCGGAUUAGUUUCGUCACACUUCAUCAGCAUUAGAAACAUACUAUAAAAUGUGUAUUCAUCAUAUUUACAUCAAUAAUAAUAAACAAGUACGAUGCGUACGAUUUUUUACUAUUGUUCAGCAUCCUCGUUUAAAUUUUGUUUUGGUUGUUUUCUUUACAUGGAGUAUUGACUGAUGGACAGUAAAACGAUGCUUUAAUACAGGUGAAUGAAUAAGAACUAAUUAGUCCUGUUCCUUCAAUUUUCUGCCAGAACAAAACACAUAAAGCAGGAGCAUUUCUUAAAGUCUAGGACGAAAGACUAAUGACGUGUUUAUCAGAAAGGGAUAUGUUCGUGAAUAUAUCUCUCCGUUCUUAAUUUCAUUCAGUUUUUGAACAAACGGAAAGAACUUUUCUGUACAUUUUUUAAAGAAGGAAAAGGCGUAUUAAGGGAUUAAUCAGCUAAGCUUUCUUUUUUCAAUGAAAGAACGUAUCAUAAUGCGCUGAUAUUUACGAAAUCUGAAUCGUGAGUAAGAGAAUCAAAAUGGUGGACUUAGUGACAUCAUAUGAAGUCGAAAUAGACUUGGCUGGAGUUUUUAUGCAGACGACUUGAAGAAAAAUCUUUUUUGCAAGUUACUUAUUAGCAUAAGGACAUGACUAAUUCGAAAAUAUCUCUUCUCAGGUCUUUUCCGUUACCGAGAUAACAGGCAUUAUUUCCUAAAAACUGGCUCUUAUUUAUUGCUUCAAAGGCAAGAUUUUUUGGCGAAAUUGAUUAUUUAGACAGCUGUAGCUUUGUACUUAGAUUCUCUGGCAGUUGUAAUUUUAAAAAAAAAGGUCUUCCGUGGGCGGCG